AAGCAAUGAAAUUGAAAAAUGCUUUAAAAAAUGUCAUUUUUAUACGACCUCUUUCGCUGUUUAUGUUUGUGUGUUAUUGUGAAAAAAAGAUCCUGGAACCCGAGACGAUCUAAUGCUUCAAACGCGCCAAAAAUUGCGAAAACGCCAGUGAAAAAACAUUUAGAAAACACGAAAGCACCAAAAAAGAAAAAUUCAAAACGAGAACUGUCAAAACCUGCUUGGUUAAAAGAAUGGACUAUAUCUAAAGGCUGGGUACACAAUAAAACGAAAGUACUUAACAAAGAAAUGGACAUAAACAAGGAAAACAGUGAUUUUAAAGACUCAGGUAGUGAUAGUUCAUCAAUUUCAAACGUUGAAGACCUCAUAUCUGUCAUAAGCAACUUGGAGGGUCCUCCAAAAAUACAGAUCCCAGAUAAUUCUGAUGAUAUAAUAGAAAUAUGUGAGGUUAAUGAUGAAGAGAACUUGGAAACCAUAGAGAUCCAUGAUGAUCUAAGUCUGCAUACUGCAGAACAGCGCCAGGAAGAUAUAGCUUUGAUUUUUGAGGAGAUAUCAGAAAAUUAUCGGAAGAAUUUUCGUUUUGAUACCAAAAACUACACGGCAAAAAAAUAUACAGACUUGCAGUUGCCUGAAGUGUAUAAAGAAAGGCUUCUUGAUAUUAAUACAGAAGAAUCCAGUUUUGUAAAAGACAUUUGGAGGCAUAUGAAGAGUUGGAGUACCAGUAAAUCAAAGAUUGGUAAUAUCAAAGGUAAAUUUACUGAAAACCAGCUUUACCAACCAGAUACACCGAGUAAUUUUGACAAUAUGCGUCCAAUAAAAUCAAAAACAUCUCUUGGACAAAAUUUAGCGUUGUAUAAUACGCUGAAUUCGAAAUCUAACAUCCACGAAGACGCGAUCUUGGAAUGUUCGGACGAAAGCAACUUUAAUUCGUUGAGUUAUAUUUAUUAUAAUCCAUUAUAUGUUCCCUCCAAUCCGGAAUUUAAAUACCGAGAUUUUUAUAGUAUGCAUUGUGGAAAAGAAAGUGUUUUAUGCCCAGGAAGUGAUAUGCAAGAGUCAAAUGUGCUAUCCCAAUCCAUCGAUUUAAGACACAACACUAAUGAAGGCUUCAUUUUGAGAACUUCCGAGAAUUAUCUGCACAAAAACCAAGAUGUUUUCCUCUACAAAAAAGAAAAUUCCUUCAAAAACAAGCUAAAAACAGAAAAGUACAUCAUCAGACAUGUCAGGAUCAGGAUAAUGCUUUCCUUGAGAAUGGGUAAAAAAGUCAAAGCAAACGAUAGAACGCGUCAACAUAAAAAAUCUCGAAUGUUUAGUGGUAAAUCGCUUCAAGUACAGAACAGUGAUGUGGUCAAAAGAAAAAAUAUCGUGAAGAUGCACGAGGAACAAAGAAGAAUUGGCAACGGGACGACGUCAAUCAAGAUUCAAAAUAUGAGGCACGGCAGGCUCAACGUUCUGCGCUGGCUGUUGUGGGAGGCCGAGUCGAGAGAGGGCAGCACCAUAGGCGGCGCCAUGCCGGCGCUGGAGAAAGGCAACCCGCUUACCGGCGAGGCGCACGGCGGCAACGCCACCUUGGCGCUUCACUACGCGGCCGCUAGAGGCUGCUUGGAUUGCGUCCGGCUUUUGGUGGAUUCCUCAUCCGAAUUAAGUGCCAAUACCCAGAUGGACAAUGACGUCACACCGGUAUACCUGGCUGCCCAAGAAGGCCAUUUAGAUGUCCUCAAGUUUCUGGUACUGGAAGCAGGUGGUUCCCUCUAUGUGCGUGCUAAAGAUGGUAUGGCACCCAUUCACGCCGCUAGUCAGAUGGGUUGUCUAAAUUGCGUCAAGUGGAUGAUUCAAGAGCAAGGUGUCGAUCCAAACUUAAGAGACGGAGAUGGAGCUACUCCACUUCAUUUCGCCGCAUCCAGAGGCCACCUGGAUACCGUUAGGUGGUUGUUGAAGCACGGGGCCAGACUAAGUCUGGAUAAAUAUGGAAAAAGUCCAAUCAAUGACGCUGCUGAAAACCAACAAGUCGAAUGUUUGAAUAUAUUGGUUCAGCACGGUACUACACCAGAUUAUAACGAUUCCGACAGACCGACCAAUGAAAAACGCUGUUCUUGUACGACGAAAAAGGGAGAUCAUCACGUCAAAAGGGGAAACAGUGUGGGUUCUGACUGCUCCAACUGCAAGCCCAAACCACCACAAAACGCCAAAAAUCUAGCUGAUUCUCUUCAGCCCUUUUACCUGCAUCCUCCUUCAAAGGAACCCAGCCUAGAACCUGCUCAUGCACCUGAGAAUGGACUAUAUAUUAACCCUAUGUCAAACCACAGGCAUAGUACGUCCAGCUGCUCGGAGACCAGCUCAAACGGCAGUGAAUCUUUCUACCUUCAUAAUCCUCAAGAAGUUAUAUACAACAGGGUAAAGGAUUUGUUCGAGUCUGAUGGACAACAAAGACCACCCUUAUCUGCUUUAACAGUCAAAGUGGAAGUCCAUUCGUCAUCUUCCGGCGCCGGAUCUGACGAGAACCUGUCAUCGUCGGAUCUGUCAUCUGUCAGAUCGAACGAUCACGACCAUGAUUAUGAAGAUAUUUACCUAGUUAGGGAAGAAUCAAGGAAGCAAGAAAGACAGAAUGUUCAGAAUGGUAAAACCGGAAGAUCUAGAUCUAGAGAUUCAGGUUCCCACAGCCGUUCGGGAUCGGUCAGUUCCUCCAAUUCCGGAUGCAACGUUAUCGUAAAAUUGCCUCCAAACACCGCUAGUACCACCAACGGAAAUGAUAAGAACACCAUUUACAAGGCCAACGAAUAUUUACCAAAACCGCAAAAGAUCGAAAAAGCAAACAGAAAGGAUCAACAAAAAGAAUCGUCGUCUCCAAAAUUAUCUCGUUCGGAGAGUUCCGAAGAUGAACGAGAUAAAUCGAAACUAGGAUCGAGACGUUCGUCAGUUUCUCAAUCGAGCAAUCAGUCGAAUAAUAAUCAUCCAGCAAAAAUGCUAAAAAGGGUGAUUUCCGUGCCUGGAGAGACCACGCCUCCACCCCCGCCGCCGCCGCUUCCAGCCAAUCAGAUUGCGCUCAUCGAUCCCAACGACCCCCACCUGUUGGAGCCCAGAGGGGCGGAAAUCGUGGAGGUGGUGGAGGAGCCGACCUUGAGACCGUCUGACAUUGUCAAGGGCAUGUGCAGGAGCAUGUCGGCAUUAUCUGCUCGUCGUCUCAACUCCUCCUGUUCGGACCUGACCAUCGUCAGCCUCCACGAAGAGGAGACCAGGGUCCAGUCGAUCUCCGCCACCCCCUGCAACCGCCAGAGGGUGCUGCCCUUCGUUCCUCCCAGCUUCCCGGUGGCCGACCCCAACAAACUCAUCAAACCCUCGGAGUAUCUGAGGAGCAUCGGUGGUAGCGGUGGUGUGGAGAAGAAGAUAGAGGUGAGGGAGUACGAGACGAUCAGGAUGACCAAUGGCGAAGAGAAGAGCGAGGAGAAGUACGAGGAGAUUGUGGAAACGAGUAAAGUUGGAGUUGGACCUCCCCCACCUCCAUUGCCAGAGUUUAAUGGUGAUUUAACCCAAAACACCAUAUCCAAACAAAGCAACGGUAACAAUCACCAAGACAAAGUGAAAAAACUGCAGCCGCUCUCGGCCAUCAGCAUACAAGACUUGAACUCGGUGCAGCUGCGCAGAACGGAGAAAACCGUGGCUACCAAGACGUUUUCUGCGCCCACCAGGAGCAUGUCGUUGCAGUGCCUCAACAGCGCGGACGCCUACAUCAGUCAGAAGACGGAUCUGAUCGCGGAGUUGAAAAUGUCCAAGGAUUUAACGGGCGUGAAGAAGAUGAAGAUGGAGAAGGCCAAAACGGAGAUGUCAAUGGAGAAGGAGAUGUUUACUGAGAUCACCAAGCAGUUUACCGCGACUAAGUUUGUGGAGAAGAUACCUGAUAAGGACAACUCUGGAAAUCUUAUACCAGCCUGGAAGCGACAGAUGCUGGCCAAGAAAGCAGCCGAGAAAGCUAGAAAAGAAAUGGAAGAACAGCUUCAAAAGGAAGCUGAAGAGAAACGACUACAAUCCAUACCACAAUGGAAGAGGCAAUUGAUGUUGAAGAAGGAAGAAACAGAGAUAAAAAUAAGGCAAACAAUCUACACGCCAAAAAUAGUGGACGAACCUAAAGUGAAGAUCCAAGAACUAAGACCGGAUUAUCCUGAGGAUAAACGAAACCUAGACGACUUGAACAACAAUAGUACCAAUGGUAAAGAGGAAGACCGGUAUCUGAGUCUCAGUACAAAUUCCUUGGACGACGAGGUAUCGGAUGAAGAACCUAAUAUUAUUCCGUGGAGGGCUCAGUUAAGAAAAACCAACAGCUCUCUCAAUUUGUUAUGUUAAGUGCUUACAUAUGCCCAGAUAUGUCCUAAAAACCAGUAGCUUAGCCCGCGGUUACAUCCAAAAAUUACAUUUACUCCAAAAAAAAUCAUUUAUGGGUAUUUCGCCACUGCAAUAAAAUCUACAAAAUAAAAUAGUUAUUUUUUGUAAACACUUCUGGCGUUAAACCUAAACGGACGCUGCUUGUCAGAAGUUAUGUUUACGGUAAUACAAAUUUACUUUUGCUCCAUGCUUGCCAAAUUAGAUUUUUGCCCCAUGCUUGCCAAAGGAAUUAUAAUUUUCUUGUGAGAUAAAAUGAAGUAAACAAAAAGUAUGGACUACGCCACUGGUGAUAAAAAUAAAAUGAAUCUCAAGAAAAUACUGGGUACUGCUCAAAAGUGUCUCACCCCUAUAACUUUUUUAUUUGUUCAGAUAAAAAAAUGAGAAUUGGUAUGUUAGUAUAUGACAUAAAUUAUGAU